UCGCUCGUCCUGUCUCUUUAAGAGUUGGCGCAGGUCUGAGCGGCGGCCCCUUUAAGGCGACAUCGAGGCGGUGACGUCGCGGAGGCGGGAGCGGAGCCGCGGGUGGCCCAGGUCCAGCCGGCGCGCACGGGCGGCUUCUCCCGGCGGAGGGAGGCUCCAGGCCGCGCUCCGCCCGCGUGGGAGCAACACAGCCAGGCUACCCGAGAGGCCCCGCCCGCCGGGCCACGUGGUCGGCGGCCUAGCGGCGCGGGCUGCGGAGCCGGCAUGGCGGGGGCCCCGGCCGGCGUUGCUGCCCGGUUCUCUUGUCCCCCCAACUUCACCGUGACGCCCCCAGCCUCUAGCCCCGCACGCCUCUCCUUGGAGGCGCUGACAGGCCCGGACACGGAGCUGUGGCUCAUCCAGGCGCCCUCGGACUUUUCCCCAGACUGCCUCAAUGGGCGGCUGGUGCCCCUGUCUGGCUCCCAGGUGGUGAAGGGCAAGUCGGCGGGCAAGCGGCACCGAUACCGGGUCCUUGGCAGCAGCGGUGCCCCAGCUAGAGAAGCCACCCUGCUGGCACCCUCAGCAGAGGCAGGAGGGGGGCUCGUCUGUGCCCCCGCUCCCCAGGGAAGUCUGAGGAUCUUGGAUGGGCCGCAAGGGCCUCUGUCUGGGACUCCUCUGCAGUCCAUUCCAAUGAGCCCCCCUCCACAGAUACCCCCUGGCCUGAGGCCUCGAUUCUGUGCCUUUGGAGGCAGCCCUCCAGUUACAGGGCCGCUGGCGGCCUCGGCACUGAGGUCACCCGCCUUAGUGAAGAGGAAGAAGAGGAGGCAUGUACCAGAGGCCUCGGUUCCCCAGGCGGCAGUGGAUGGGCCUGGGACUCUGGACACAGCUUUGGAGCCCCCAGAGAUGAGUGAGAGGAAGAAGAAGAAGAAAAGGCAGCAACUGAGUGCACUGGAGGUAGUGGAGCCAGUGGCAAGAGAGCCGGAAGCUGACAUGCUGGAGCCACUGGGAGGACUCUUGCCAUCUACCACCAAGAGAAAGAAAAAGAAGCCCAAAGAGGCAGACCCUGUGGAACCGGAAAUAGAGGCACUAGAGCCGGAACAGAUGGUGAAGCUGGAAAUGGUGGUCAAAACCGAGCCUCUGGAAGAAAUAGUGCUGUCCCCCAAGAAGAAGAAGAAACAAAAGGGGGCGGAAGAGGUGAUCGUAGAGGAGAUGAUAGUUGAGUCUCAGUUGCAGGUAAAGAUGGAGCCACAGGAAGAAGCCAUCCCAUUGCCAUCUUCAAAUAAGAAGAAAGAAAGGGGGCUCAGAGUGAUGACAGAGCCAGGGACUGUGACUCUGAAGCCAGAGACAAGCCCUAUGGAGCUCCGUGGGGAGAUGAUGGAGCCUGUGAGUGAGUCACAGGCUGAGGCAGCUCUGGGGCCCACCAAGAAAAGAAGGAAAAAAGAAAAAGAGCAGAACACAGCGAUGGAGUCAGGGAUAGAAGAGAUGGAGCCCAGAGGAGAAGUGGCAGGGCCUGAGCUGUCGGAUGUCCGAGAGUCUGGAGGCAUUCUAGCAGUCACCAAGAAAAAGAAGAGGAAAGAAAGAGGGCACACAGUGACAGAGCCGCAAGGAGAGGGGAUGCAGCUUGAGUUGCAGGAUCAUGGUGAACCAGAGGCCGCGCCAGCUCUGGGAGCCAGCAAGAGGAGGGAUCGGGAUCGGGGCCAGAAAAGUGCAGCACCAGAGACGGCACCCCAAGAGGAAGUGCCAGAGUCCCUGCUGACUCCAGAGUCUGGGGAGGUGGCCCCCACUAAGCUGGAGAAGAAGCGGAAGAAGCAGCCACGACAGGACCCCAGGUAGUCACUUGCUUCAGGGGAGUGACUGCAACUCGAGCAGCAGAAGGAGCCGAGCGCCCUGGCUAUGACCAAACUGGGGUUUCCGUGACCACAGCAGGCAGAGCCUGGGCCAGGAGGAGAUUUUAUUGUCACACGGAGGUCUGGGGUCACCGGGGCACCUUGAGGAAGGGCUCGUGUAGGACAUCGUGCAGCCUCCGGGCCUGGGUGGAAGGAAGAGAGCAAGGCCUGGUCAUUAAACGAGCCCUUCGGGGCA